AUGCCCAUUCCCAAGGAGUUCUUGGUUAUCGCUUGGGACGGAUCGUCGGCACGCGAAGUCUUGCGAUUGGUGAUUGACAGAAUCAAGAUUCUUACCAACAGCGAGGAGCCUGAAAAAAUUUCGGAAGUGCAUGAGAAGUUCCGGCACUUCGUGGACCAUUGGCGCGUGGCAAACACGGUCAUCGGGAGAGAUCAGCUUUCAAAGAACGUCGGAGAACCUGCUGUUCUCACUGCGACAUCUGCCCGACGUUGGGUUUCUGGAGUAAUCAAUUCGGAUUUCGCCAGAUUGGACUCGGAGGACUCAAUUGGAGAUUCCCCCGACAAGACCUACAAACUGCUCACCAAGACCUUGGCAGCCGUUGAGGAGAGUAAUAAGACGACCAAGACCUCCGUGGAAUCGCUUUCGGAGGUUGUGGUAGCGGGCAUCCAUGGACAAGCAUCGGACAAGGCGCCCCCAAAUACAGUGGAAAAGAAGUGGCCCACAAGACUCUCCUAUCUGAAGAGAGUUGCUGGUACUACGACCUCAGAUCAGCUUCCCACCCUCUGGCACGAGCUAGCAAAGUGUAAGAAGCACGAAUCAAUUGGAAUUGUGCAGUCCCUGCUGGACGAUGAGGCCGAGAAACUGAACCUCAAUCUGGAAUUCAUCGUUUCAGCCCGAGUAAUCAAGAGCCUGGUGGAAUUGGAAUUUUGUUCGCGCGGCGACGUUGAAAAGGGUUUGAACGUGUUUAAUAGUGUCUGUUUCCAGCACUACAAAAAUGCAAACGCGAUCAACGAUUACAACAAGAGCGAUUAUUGGUUGACGGGCAAAAAGACGACCGCUUCAAUGAAGGAUCAUCAAGCCCACGACAAGAUCAAGCAUGCUAUCUUCCCAAAGGAUCCCAUGGAGUUCCGUGAGAUGGUCAAUGGUAUGCGGGUAUUCUACCGUGUAGUGUUUGGGAAAACUCAUCCACUGACAGCCGUGUACAAAAAGUUUGCAAAGAAUGUGGAUUCAAUCGCACGAAAAAUGGGAGUGUCCUAG